CGGCGAAACCGCGCAGUGAACGUUACGCAAGCGAUGACCGCCUCGUCCGAGAUCCUCUCGUCGCUGCCCAUGGAGGUCCUCCUCUUCUUCAACCGAUGGUUCACGCUGCUGUACGUGCUCUUGACCGGCGCCAUCUUCAUCUACAAAGGCAUGUACCUCCCGUACCCGCCGACGGGCGCCUACACUUGGGAAGUUGUCUUCCUCUGCCUCUACUACAUCAUCGAUCGCACUCGCAUCUUCCAGGCGUCCAAGGGCAACAAGACGGAGCAAGUCUUCCCGCUCGUGACGGCCUGUCUCUUGACGCUGCCCUGCGUCAUCUCGCUCGCGUAUUACAUCAGCCUGCAGACCUACGUGCUGCAGCUCGACGUCAUUCUGAACGCGAUUGGCCUCGUCUUCCUCGGGCUCGAGUCCAUCUUUGGCCCGAUCACGACCCUCCGCCUCUUGCGCGCAAGUCGAUUUUAACCGACUAAAGAUACAAUACAAAAGGAUUCAAGUACA